GUCCCAGGUUCAGCCAGCCUUACCAUGACAAAGGAGUAUCAAGAUCUUCAGCAUCUGGACAACGAGGAGAAUGACCAUCAGCUCAGAAAAGGACCCCAGAGCUGCCCCAGGCUCCCAUCUGUCCUGGAGACCCUGACACCCUCUCCUCUUGCAGGGCCGCCUCCUCCCCAGCCGCUCUUUCAACGUCUCUGCUCUGGAACCCGCCUCCUCCUGCUCUCUCUGGGCCUCAGCCUCCUGCUGCUGGUGGUCAUCUGUGUGAUCGGAUCCCAGAACUCCAAGCUGCAGGAGGAGCUUCGGGCUCUGAGAGAGACGUUCAGCAACUUCACAGCGACCACGGAGGUCGAGGUCAAGGCCCUGAGCAACCAGGGAGGAAGUGUGGGCAGAAAGAUGAAGUCUCUGGAGUCCCAGCUGGAGAAACAGCAGCAGGCCCUGAAUGAAGAGCACUCCAGCUUGCUGCUCCACGUGAAGCAGUUUGUGUCUGACCUUCGAAGCCUGAGCUGUCAGAUGGCCACCCUCCAGGGCAAUGGCUCUGAAGGGACCUGCUGCCCCAUUAACUGGGUGGAGCACGAAGGCAACUGCUACUGGUUCUCCCGCUCUGGGAAGCCCUGGCCCGAGGCCAACAAGUACUGCCAGCUGGAGAACGCCCACCUGGUGGUGGUGGGCUCCUGGGACGAGCAGAAAUUUGUCCAGCACCACAUUGGCCCUGUGCCCACCUGGAUGGGCCUCACCGACCAAAAUGGGACUUGGAAAUGGGUGGACGGGACCGAGUACGAGACGGGUUUCAAGAACUGGAGACCAGAGCAGCCGGAUGACUGGUACGGACACGGGCUCGGGGGAGGCGAGGACUGCGCCCACUUCACGGAGGACGGCCGCUGGAACGAUGACGUCUGCCAGAGGUCCUACCGCUGGGUCUGCGAGACGGCGCGGGACAGGGACACCUAGGAGCCGCCCUCCCCUAAUUUAGUUCCUCAGCGCCUUUUCCCGCCAGAGGGGCUGAGAUUGGGGAUCCUCCUAUCUGGGGGCCUCCUCCACCUUCUCGAGUAUCUUCAUCUAGGCUUUGAAGGGAAGGGGAAAGAGCUGUGUCUGAGGAAGGUAGAAUGAUGUUUGGAGGGGUGUGGAGAUUGGAACACACGUCACUUUCUGCAGUUUGCAGGUUAUUAUUGGCAACUUUUUUUAGAAUAAAAA